AUGAUUUUAUAAAUAUAUCGGAGUACAAAACCGACUGGAUGAACGAUCGCUCUUUCAAGAUUCAGAUGUGUGUAUUUUACGAAGGCACGCGCUAAACUAACAUGUGCGGCACUACAAGAGGAUGACAACGCUUGCGCAAAAUUCAUUAGGAGCAAUUUCACUGGGUAAACGUUGGCUAUAGAAAAUGAACACCAGUAGUAUUUUGUAUAGACGUCUCAUCGAUCGGUCAAUCGCCUUACUAUUUCACGGUAUAAAUGUUAAAUUGCGAAUAUCUCGAUCUCAAGGAGAUAUUUUCCAUGGCUUUUUACGUUACACGACAUUAAAUCAUUUACCUUAUAAUAUAGCAGAGAAAGGAAAAACGGUCGUAUAUUUUAUUGCGAUCAGCUAAAGAGAGGAGAUGUACGAAAUUGCAUCUACAUCUUCAUGCUCAAAUACGUCUUGACAUUCGCGGAGAGAUGAAGUCUUUUGACCUAUACGAAAGUUUUAAUAUCAAUCGAAUUCUCUUACUGGCCAUCGGUUUAUGGCCGUAUCAGCGAUCAAAACUCGUCCACCAAUGUCAGCUACUUUUGAUUUAUACUAUUCUAAUAAGCUUUAUUGCAUUUCAGCUUACAACGUUCGUGACCGCGGAGUGCACUCUGAAUAUUACUAUUAAAAUUCUUUCCUCCACGUUAUUCUUCAUUAUGCACAUGGUCCACUACAACUCCUUCUUAACAAACGGUCAAUCUGUAAAACAUCUAAUGGAGCAACUUCAACGGAUAUGCAAUGACUUAAAAGACGAGAAAGAAAUUGCAAUCAUAAAGAAAUAUGGAAACAACGCGAAAUUAUACACGAUUGCGCUUACGGGGGCCUCUAUCAGCGGCACAUUCGUUAUUUUUUCCUUACCAAUUUGGUCAUACAUACUUGAUGUCGUUCUGUCUACGAAUAAAUCGACAGUAUAUCGCACGACACAAAUCAUGACUGAGUAUUUUAUCGAUGCCGAAAAAUAUUUCUAUUUUAUCUUAUUGCACAUGGAUGCAUCCUAUUUCAUAGGAUGCACUAUAGUAAUCGCAACGGGAACGUUAUUUGUAGCGUAUGUACAAUACGCUUGUGGGAUUUUCAAAAUCGCCAGUUACCGCAUCGAGCAAGCAUUAUCAUAUGAUAUUCUCCGAAGAAUCGGUCCAAAAAACGAGAUAAUGAUUCAUAAGGAAAUAAUUUAUGCCGUGGACAUUCAUCGAAAAGCUAUGAAGUUUUCCGAAUUUAUGAUAACGAGCUUCAAGGGAUUGUUCUCAUUUUUAAUAGUGACUGGCGUGAUUUCUUUGAGUCUUAAUUUAUUUCUAAUUUUGCAGAUUCUAUCAUUCGGUGGCGACAUGGGAGAGUUAUUAUUUCAUUUAAGUUACCUAAUUAUCGUUGUCGUGUAUAUGUUUAUAGCCAGCUAUAUAUCACAAGAAAUUAUGGAUCAUAAUAACCACGUGUUCAUAACAACAUACAACGUUCGUUGGUACUUAGCAUCUUUACACACGCAAAAGAUGAUACUGUUUCUUCUGCAAAGAGGCAAUAAGUCAUUUACCCUCAACCUCGGUAAUAUAUUCAUAGGAUCUUUGCAGAGUUUUGCCUCGAUGGUUAACAUAUCCAUAUCUUAUUUCACUGUAAUAUACUCUACCCAGAAAUGAUCAUACAGAAGGAUCCGUCAGUCCUUGAGAGAUAUAAUAUUAUGUCAAUGUUUCAAAAUACCAAACUCGAACGUUCUGUUCGGUUUCACGUUACUACACUCAUGACAUGGUACUCUAGUUAUACGUCAUUCCUUUGUUAGAAAAAAUUACUAUAUUUUGUAAUUGCGAUGCUUUAAAGAAAUAAUAAUAUAAGUGAUGGAUUUAACGGUAGCUUUGUUACUUAAUGGCAAAUAAGAUAAGUUGAAGACAGAUUCA